CUUGGCGAGUUUUUGUCGUUAAAUAUCAAUUAGACAAAAUUAAUGAGUCAGACAAUUGAUGAAAAAAAUAUCGAUUUUAAGUUGCUGACUUAAAUUUAUCAAUUAUAAUGGACACGUAAUUAAAUUGUGACUACGCAGAUCUAUUGUUUUAUUGUCCAGUACUAAGUCGUCAUACCACAAACUGAGAAGCAAAAAUAUAAGGAAUUUUUUUAAAUUAACAUUCACAAAAUGUUGUUUAUUCGAGAAUUAUUAAUUGUAAUUGUUACAAUAGGAGGAUCUGUACGGAAUUUAAAUGCAAGCAAUGGUAAAUUUGAAAACUCAGCCAAUGGAACUAAGUGUGCGGAGAAAGGAAAAAUUUGUAGUGACGAUAAUCAAUGCUGUUCAAAAUUCUGUGAGAUGAUCAACGGAACUCAAAUUUGCGGAUCAUCUUUGGAUUUAAUUAUCGAACUAAGCAAACCUAGAGAGAUUAAAAACGUCGCACCAAUUGAAGAUUGUACACCGAAUAAUGAAUUAGCUCUAAAUUGCACGGACUGUUGCUCACAAUAUUGCCACUAUUUAAGUGUAAGAAACUUCACCCUGACAUUUUGCCACACUCAUCCAUACGCUCAAGAAGGGACGCAAUCUUACAAAAGAACUGAUGAUCCUGAGAGUUUUUGGGGCCGUUCAUAAAAUACGUCACGCAAAAUUUUACCUUUUUAGACCCCCUCCCCCCCAUUAUGACGGAUAUAGUACAUAGAAAUAUUAAUAUAUUUACAAAUAUGAAACGAAUGACUUUAUCGUAACAAAAAAAUGAAAUUUAAAAAAACCGAGAGAAAAAUUUUCAAAAUUUCUGAUGAGCUGCGAAUGUCACGUUUCCUUAGACCCCCACCCCCUUACAUCUUGUCACAGAAUGCGAUACCCCAUAAGUGCGAACGUGUUUUAUAAAUGGACCCUUUGGUAAAAUUUUGGA